AUGGCACCAACGGCUAUAGCGAAAAAGGCGAAGGGCAAGAAACAUGCCGACCCCGGCGAAACCUCCAAGCUCCUAGCCGCGAAGAUAUCCCAGCUUGAACAAGAUGCGGCCGGUGAAAAGGACCAGGAGGCUGAGAUAGAGCGCGAAGUCAAGAAGGCCACCAGAGACCUAAACCAGCUACUGAAUACCAUCGAAUCUCCCAUGACACGGCUUGAAACCGUGCACAGAAAAUAUACCGAGCUUCUAACGGAGAUGAAAAAGCUGGACCGUGACCACAACAAGAGCAAGAAACGUGCGGAUCAAUUACAGAAAGCCCAAGACAAAGGGAAAUCUGAGCUGAACAAAACGGUCACCAUGAAGGACAAGCUUGAGAAACUGUGCAGAGAGUUAACCAAGGAGAACAAGAAAGUCAAAGAUGAAAACAAAAGGCUCGACGAUACGGAAAGACGAGCCCGCGGAAUCGUGAACGAACGCCUUGAUUCUUUACUUUUUGAUAUCCAGGAUGUUAUGGCAGCCAAGGGAAGUUCUCGAGUGGAAAACGUCGAUAUCGAUCUUGAUGAAGCCCUCCGAGCAAAGAUAAAAACCAUCGGGGAGAAGUUUGAGUCUCGAGAAUUACAUUACAAGGCCGUCCUUCGCAGCAAAGAUGCCGAGAUCCAGAGUCUCACCGCUAAAUACGAAGAACAACGACGCGGGGCCGAGAACGAAGCAGCCAGAUGUCGUGCAUUGAGCUCACAGGUUUCAACAUUUUCGCAUACAGAGGCGGAACUACGCAGUCAACUCAAUAUAUAUGUCGAAGAUACGCUCAACAAUAGCAACGAACUUUUCCUAACAUUUCGAAAAGAAAUGGAAGAUAUGUCAAAAAAAACGAAACGCCUUGAAAAGGAAAACCUAAAUUUAACUCGCAAACAUGACCAAACAAAUCGGAACAUUCUUGAAAUGGCGGAGGAACGAACCCGCAACAACGAAGAGCUCGAGAAAUGGCGAAAGAAAAGCAACAGUCUGGAAGCCCUGUGUCGGCGAAUGCAACAACAAGGCCGUGGCCACGCCGUAGAGGGCGAGCUAGACGUGGACGAUGAAGGCACCGAGAGCGAAUACGAGGACGAAUAUGAAGACGAGGAUGAGGAAGAUAUGAGUGAAGAUGGUGAAUACCAUCCACAUGGAGAGAACGAACACCAUCACCACCCAGCAACAGGCGGAGCUCAACCAGCGAAGCCAGUCUUUGGCCCUCCGCCGCCUCCCACCAUGCUCGAAGCCCGAUCCAACGGUAACGUCCCUGUUAUGAACGGAUACAUGCAUUAA